AUGAAACAGAACGUGGAUGAGAGCUUACUGUUUGAUAUAAUUGGCCACGUGGUUGAGAAAGACCCUACAAAAGAGAUCAAUAUAAAGGACAAGGACAAGAAAAGCAAGCUUUUGGAGAUUGUCGUCCAAGAUUUAGAAUUAAAUUUUCUUUAUUUUUCAGUUUCGAUUCAAAUUUACUCUCCAAAUCGCCCGUUAGUCGAUGUUGCCGAAGUGUUUUUAUGGCUAAUGGCUGUUGGGACUAUUUUAUUUGCGUCGUAUUGGUCUGCAUGGAGUGCUAGAGAAGUAGCUAUUGAGCAUGAAAAGCUCUUAAAGGAUGGUUUCGACGAACGCCACCUCAGCAACGAGACGAGUAGUAACAGUAGCUUUGUGGAUAUUAAUACAACCUCGGCGAUUCUGUUUGUUGUGAUCGCCUCGUGUUUCUUGGUUAUGCUUUACAAGUUUAUGUCUUAUUGGUUCAUCGAGAUUCUCGUGGUUUUGUUUUGCAUAGGCGGUGUGGAGGGUUUGCAAACUUGUCUAGUGGCAUUAUUGUCAUGUUUCAGAUGGUGUGAAGAUGCUGCAGAAUCAUUUGUUAAGAUUCCUGUUUUGGGAGAAGUGUCGUAUUUGACAAUAGCUGUUUCGCCUUUUUGCAUAGUGUUUGCCGUUUUAUGGGCGGUUUACCGCACUGUCUCGUUUGCUUGGAUUGGUCAAGAUAUACUGGGCAUUGCACUGAUAAUCACAGUUCUCCAGAUAGUACGAGUUCCGAAUCUCAAGGUGGGAACAGUUCUACUGAGCUGUGCAUUCUUGUACGACAUAUUUUGGGUUUUCGUUUCGAAAUGGUGGUUCCACAAGAGUGUGAUGAUAGUGGUAGCGCGUGGUGAUGGAAGUGGAGAAGAUGGGAUUCCGAUGCUUCUGAAAAUUCCUAGGAUGUUUGAUCCGUGGGGCGGAUACAGCAUCAUCGGAUUCGGCGACAUCAUCUUACCGGGACUCAUUGUCGCCUUUUCAUUAAGGUACGAUUUCUUGUGCAAGAGAAGUGUAAGAUCCGGAUAUUUCUUGUGGGCAAUGAUUGCUUACGGUUUAGGUCUGUUAGUUACAUAUGUGGCUUUGAACUUGAUGGAUGGGCAUGGCCAACCAGCUUUGCUUUACAUAGUGCCAUUCACAUUAGGCACUCUGAUAACGUUGGCGAAUACGAGAGGCGAUUUAAAGCAGUUAUGGCACCGGGGUUUGCCUCGUACACCUUGUCCACAUGUUCGUCUUCAACAAGACCAACAAUGACAUGUAGCUAUUUUUUUAUCGUUUUAAGUCGCAAUCUAUAUGUACGUUGUAAAAGUAAUAGUAAUAGUACAUGUUCGUUAUAUUGUGUGUGUUUAAUCAAACAAUUUACUCGAUAAUCGAUGAUUUGGACUAUCUCGCACAUAUGGGCCUCGACCAAAUAAAUAAAAUCAAUUGCACGA